AUGACCGACAACCCCGCCUUCGUCGUCUACGACGACCGCGUGAAGAAGCUUUACGGCCCCGCGCCGAAGCUCGAGGUGCUGCACGAGAACCAGGACUACCCGUUCGCCCACGAGGCUGGCGUCUUCAUCGAGCGCAACAGCACGCUCUUCGUCACGAGCAACCAGUUCACCGACAACAGUGGCGGCCGCAAGAUCCAGAUCUGCCGCAUCGUCCUGCCGGACGACGGGGGCCCCGCGGUGGCGUGCGAGGAGAUCCACCCGGCCACCGUGGCCAUGGCCAACGGCGGCGUCAACUACCUCGACGGCGUCGUCUUUUGCUCCCAGGGCACCAUGGACGCGCCCGGCGGCCUCGUCUUCAUGGAGGCCGAGCCGCCGUACGAGACGCGCAUGAUGGUCAGCUCGUUCCACGGCCGCGCCUUCAACUCGGUCAACGACGUCGUCGCCCACGGCGACGGCUCGCUCUGGUUCACCGACCCCAUCUACGGCCACGAGCAGGGCAUCCGCCCGCCGCCUCAGCUGCCCAACCAGGUCUACCGCUACGACCCCAUCCACGGCUCCAUCAGGGCCAUGGCGGACGGCUUCGGGAGGCCCAACGGCAUCUGUUUCAGCCCGGACGAGAAGAUCGUCUACAUCACCGACACCGACUGGAUUCACGGCGACGGGUCCACCGACCUGACGCGGGCGUCGACCAUCUACGCCUUUGACGUGGUGUCGUACUCGGGGGAGCCCUUCCUGACCAACAGGCGGCUCUUCAGCAUGGCGGACACGGGCAUUCCGGACGGUAUCAAGUGCGACGUGCACGGCAACGUGUACAGCGGUUGCGGCGACGGCGUCAACAUCUGGUCGCCCGGCGGCGUCCUCCUGGGCAAGAUCCUCGUCGAGGGCGGCGCUGCCAACUUCUGCUUCGGGCGCAACGGCGAGAUCUUCAUCCUGAACGAGCACCGCCUCUGGAGGGCCAAGCUUGCGGACGAGACGAAGGGGGCGUUGCUGUGCAUCUGA